UGUCAUUACCCUGGUCUGAUAUUCAAAUUGACUUUAUAGGUCCUGUAACAAGAUCUUCAAGAGGUAACAAAUACAUGUUAACUGUUACAUGUUUGUACACAAAGUGGAUAGAGUGUUUGCCUUGUAAAGAGAACACGAGUACCGUGUGCGCCACUUUGUUAAUUAACCAUGUCUUUUCCAGGUUUGGUCUGCCUCAAAGACAUGAGUCAGACAGAGGUAGUCAUUUUACCAGCGAAGUAAUGGCUAUGAUGUGGAAAAUUCUAGGUGUUAAACGAAAGCUACAUAUUGCAUACCGCGCUGCGUCUAGCGGGGGGUAGAGCGAUAUAACCAGUCUAUCGAAAUGUGUUAAGGAGUCUGGUAAAGACUGGGACAUUAAAUUGCCCUUAGUUUUAUUGGCGAUUAGAGCUACACCUAGCACUGCUACUAAAUUGUCACCUUUUGAAUUGAUGACAGGAAGAAAGAUGGUUUUACCACAGCAUUUACUAUAUCGUACUUCGGAUCAAAACUUGAUCAAUGCCGCCACUACGCAUCAGUAUAUCGAAGAUUUGAGCAAGCAUUUACAGCAUGCGUUUGCUUUUGCCCAAAAGAAUAUAGAAAAAGCAGCGACAGGGGUUAAGAACUAUUACAAUUUAAAAACCACGAAAAAGGAAUAUGAGAUCACAGAUCAAUUCCAUCUGUAUAACUUUACGCGAAAUCAAGUUAAGGAAAAUACAUUUUUACCUUCUUGGAAAGGGCCAUAUGCCAUUGACAAAAUUUCCCCAGUAGCGUAUAAGAUAAAAAUUCCUAAGGAUGGUGAUUUUAUUGAAAAGUGGGUUCACAUUAACCAGUUGCGUGCUUGUCAUCCUAAAUCUCAAAUAAGGAUUAUAGGAAUGGAUUCGGACGCAGAAGGGUGAACGACUAACCUGGAUGAAUGCUUGAUUCACGUGGUAUCGUAUGAUGUGAAAUGUUGUGAUGUGCCAUGAUCUCAUGUACGUUCAUGUCAUAAACCAUUUCCUUGCCAUCCAAUAACUACAUUUUCUAAGCAGGUUACUAGCUUGUUUAACUGCUAUAGGCGAAUUACUGAAGAGUCAGUAAUAAAUGUAGUGAGGGAUGAAGUUAUAAAAAUAGAAUUAGAGAGAAUACAUAUGUUGAUGAAUCGUAAUAAUGUGUUGUCCUAGGCCAAGUGAUGUCACACUGUUAUAUGUUUGUAUACUUAACAAACCUUGAAUCAUUAGUAUAUAAGUCUGAAACGAGUUCCUGAUCCGUGACUGUUGAAAGAUGUCCAAGAAGGAUGUGGCAUGUUUCUGGAUCGUACUGCUCCUGUGCCAAGAGCUACGGACCGACCCGAUCGCAGAGAUAGGGCCAUCCUCCGGCAUCCUGAUUCAAGAGACACCAAGGCUCAUCUUGACAGAGAAGAGGAUCCUGACCCGACGUGUGUUCGUCAGCUUGGACCCCAAGAUUUCCAUCGAGAACGCAUACAACAUUUCAUCGAUGCAGCUUCCUGAGUUACAGACUUCUUACCAGAUGCACCUCCAAAGAGCACAGGACCGUGUGCGAAACAUCUUGGAGCAAGCCCGGAAACCAUUUGUAUCCAGUACUAUUUCGAUGAGCAACCGACCCAAAAGGUUCCUCACCGCCAUAAUUGUUACAUUAGUUUGUGCCACUGUCGGUGCAGUUGUUGCAACUGGAAUGUCUGCAGCCAACUCUAUUACUGUCCAAAAGCUGGAUAUGGAAAUCUAUGCGCUAAAGCAACACAUUAACAAUAUUCAUCAGGUGAUAAACCAGCAAAGAACACUUCUCCAAGACGUGUUAACUAUUGUGGAAGACACAGUUGUUACAACAAAUUUGCAGUCGGAGUUAAUUGCCAAAUCCACUGAGUUGCACCAAAGUCAUGACUUAUUUAAGCGUGAACGUCUAUUUCUGCAUGACCCAAUAUUGUUCCACACACUUGCUUUUCUUGACGAAGUGCAAACUGGGAUGAUUGAAUUGGCAGGGGGACACAUACCUCUGUACUUUGUAUCCAAGGAUAUUGUUCAUGCGAUGCUUGCCAGUGUGGAUGGAGAGACAAUUGAGCCUAUGCAAUUAAAUCUGGCCUUUGAGAUGGGGAGUGCUAUACCUCUCUUAAUUGAUCCAGAAUGCAUGGAGAUUUGCUUUUUAUUGGCCAUACCAUAUGUAACUCCCAAAAACAUUUUUCAAAUGAAAACAAUUUACAAUGUUAAUAAUAAUAUUAUGGUUGAUUGUACUAAGAGUAAAGUUCAAAGCUCUUACAGGUACAAAAAUAUACAAAAAUGUUCAUUCCAUGCACAUUGCUAUGAAAGUCACUAAGGGGGGUUAUGUCAAGAUAUUUAUAUCGGCAGACAUUUUGUGCUAAGAAAGAAAUUAAAAGUGUAUAUUGCCAGAGUCAUUCAGAACAGAGCAGACUCCAUUUUGCUAUCUUCAGGAUAACAAAGACACAUAAUUUACUUGCUUUCACUAACCACCGAGCCUGAGCUAAGGAAUGCAUUAUAUAAACACAGACACUAGUGACAGAGAAGACUAAGUAAUUAAUUUUACUUUCUAAAUCUUACAAGGUCCCAUUGUAAGUAAGGGGUGAAAUUGAGUUUAGAACUGUCAAUUUUAGAAAUUACGAUCAACGUAGUUGCCACAAAGACUGAGACAAACGCUUUGAACUGACAGCAAAUGUAAGUUAUGGUAGUCAUUUUAGAUAAGCCAAAUGACGUCAAAUUCGUCAUCAGGAAAAGUUAACUCUUUCCUGGAUAGGAAGGUUUAGUAAGGCGAGACUGCCCUCUAUGGACCAAAUACCUAAAUUGCGAUCCAUAGAUUGAACACACCUUCAGUCUCCUAUUGGACUUAUCAACUAAUGACGUACAGAGAGUCUGGCCCUUUAAAAGUUAGGACAAAGGGAAGAGAGAAGUUAGUUGGUGGAGUUUGGGCAUUCAGAUUCGGACAUGCAGAGAGAGAGAGAUUCAGGACACUCUCUGGGACUAACACUCAACUCUUAAACUCCUUGACACUUAAAAUUUACUGAUACUUUCUAACCAACAUCACUUUUCUCUAUUACUCACGCACCUCCAUACAACCAAUCAUACUCGCAUUUUCCUGGGACUACCUACUCAUCUGAUGAGAAUACCUACAUAACUG